AUGGCUUUUCGUUGUUCUUUUCAAAAAGGAUUGAUCCAUUUACGUCAAAGCAAUACAAGCUCUAUUCGUCUUGCGACAACAAAAACAACGACCUUAGCAUCGUCUUCAGCACAAAAACAAAGCCAACCUAGCGGUCAACAACAGCAACAGCAACGAACCAGCAGCCCAACCAGCGGAACAAGUUCAUCGAACAAAACGAAAUCUUUAAAAGGUCUUGGUCGAGAUGUUGUCUUUAUUGAUGGUGUUCGAACACCGUUUUUAACAAGUUUUACUUCCUAUAAAGAUUUAAUGGGUUACCAUUUAGCUCGACAUGCUCUUCUCGGUCUAGUUAAACGAACAAAAAUCGAUAAGUCAACACCGGAGUAUUGUGUUAUGGGUACAGUUAUUCAAGAAGUCAAAACAUCAAACGUUGCUCGAGAAGCUUUGCUUAGUGCUGGAUUUCCCGAAAGUAUUCCUGGACACACAGUGACGAUGGCUUGCAUAUCAUCCAACGUCGCUUUAGCUUCAGCUGCUAAUAAUAUUGCUACUGGUCAAAAUGAAGCUGUCAUUGCUGGCGGUGUCGAAUAUAUGUCUGAUGUUCCAAUUCGUUACCCACGUUCCAUGCGAAAAUUAAUGCUGAGUUUGAAUCGAGCUAAGUCAACGCCACAACGUCUUGGAUUAAUAACGAAAAUGUUAUCAGUGAAAAACUUUACACCAGAGGCACCAGCGAUCGCUGAAUUCUCCACAGGUGAAAUUAUGGGCCAAUCAGCAGACCGUUUAGCUGCAGCAUUUAAUGUAACACGUCGCGAACAAGAUGAAUAUGCUCAACGUUCACAUAAAUUAGCCCAAGAGGCUGCAGAAAAAGGACACUUGGACGAUAUUGUACCAAUGCAUAUUCCAGGUGCAGAAGAUGUUGUAAGUCGUGAUAACGGUGUUCGUGUGUCAACUCUAGAACAAAUGAGCAAACUAAAACCAGCUUUCAUCAAACCACAUGGAACAGUAACGGCAGCUAGUUCAUCGUUCAUCACUGAUGGUGCUUCAGCGUCGUUAGUUACAUCCGUUGAAAAAGCUAAAGAACUUGGUUUAAAACCAAAAGCUUAUCUUCGACGUUAUAUAUUCACAUCUCAAGAUCCAAAAGAUCAGCUUUUACUUGGACCUACGUAUGCAACUGCUAAACUACUUGAACAAGCUGGCUUAACAUUAAAUGAUAUUGAUGUAUUUGAAUUUCAUGAAGCUUUUGCUGGUCAAAUUUUGGCAAACUUAAAAGCGCUCAAUUCGGACUAUUUCGCACAGAAAUAUCUUAAUCGUUCCUCAAAAGUUGGAGAAAUUCCACUCGACAAAUUCAAUGUAUGGGGAGGAUCAUUAAGUCUUGGACAUCCAUUUGGUGCAACCGGUGUUCGACUUGUAACCACAGCAGCCAAUCGACUAAUCAAAGAAAAUAAACGUUUGGCUUUAGUUGCUGCUUGUGCAGCUGGCGGUCAAGGGCAUGCAAUGUUAGUUGAACGGUAUCAAUAA